AUGAAGGUAGUCAUUAGUGCUUGUCUCCUCGGAGUUCGCUGCCGAUACGACGGCGGCGAUAGCCGAAACCAAACAGCGAUAAAGCAAGAGAAAAGACGUCAACUUAUUCCUGUCUGUCCAGAGGAAUCGGGCGGUUUACCAACGCCGCGUCCCCCCGCAGAAAUCGUUGGCGGCGAUGGCAAUGAUGUUCUGGAUGGCACAGCAAAGGUUAUGACUGACGACGGUACAGAUGUAACGGAAGCAUUUUUGAAGGGUGCCCAUCACGCUUUGGAGGUUGCUCAAUCAAACGGCGCGACACACGUAAUUCUGAAAGCAAGAAGUCCGUCUUGUGGCUGUGGCGACAUCUAUGAUGGCACGUUUUCAGGGACCCUCACGUCUGGUGACGGCGUAACCACUGCCCUUCUGAAACGACACGGUAUUACCGUUACCACCCUGUAA